AUGGCUUUCUUGGUGGCCGGGACCUUGCAGGCAGCCGCGCAGGUGGCGGACACUCGGGAGAGCCUGGGGAGGAAGCCCAGCCCAGCCCUGGCCUUGCCUCUGCAGGGGAGGUACGGCCUGCAGGGCCCCAGGGCGGCCCUGCUGCUCAGCAGCCCCGGGGUGCCGGCCCGGAUCCCCCAGCUCCUGGAGGAUGCCUUCCGGGCGCUCGGCUUCCACAGCUGCCAGAGGAGGGAGGCUGAGGCGCAGGCUUUCUUGGGGGAGCUGGCGGGGUUCCGGGAGCAGCUGGAUGCCCAAGGCGGCCCGGUGGGCUGUGCCCUGGUGGCCGUGGUGGCCCCUGCAGGGCAGCUGCGGCAGCCGCUGGCUCGGGAGCUGAGCCGCUCUACUGCCCUGCGGGGCUGUCCCAAGGUCCUGCUGCUGCUGUCCAGUGCUCCUGGGGCACCCCUGCAGCCUGGCGCCUUCCCUAGCAGCCUGGCCGAGCUGUGUGGCCGCGCUCCUCAGCAGCCUCUGCUGCGGCUCCUCACAGAGGUCUUCUUGAGGGUGACUGAGGCCUCCCCAGGGGCCACUGGCUGUCCUGUGCUCCGGAGCUCUUUGCGGGGGUCACUGUGUCUGCAGGAGGUGGAGCCCUGGAAGCCAGAGCCAGAAGGCGUUGGGACCCGGUACGAGCUAGCAGGAGCCAGGGCCGCCCUCAUCGUGGCGGUGGUGCGGGGCCGGCCCGGGGCCCUGCGUGAUGUGGAGGCACUAAGGGGCCUGUGCCAGGCCCUGGGCUUCCAGACCACCGUGAGGACAGACGCCACGGCACAGGCUUUCCAGGAGGAGCUGGCCAGGUUCCGGGAGCAGCUGGACUCUGGCAGGGGCACCGUGAGCUGCGCCCUCGUGGCCCUCAUGGCCCACGGUGGGCCUGGGGGGCAGCUGCAGGGCGCCGACGGGCAAGCAGUGCAGCACGAGGCGCUGGUGCGGGAGCUGAGCCGCUGCCGGGCCCUGCGGGGCCGCCCCAAGAUCUUCCUUCUUCAGGCCUGCCGUGGGGGGCACAGGGACGCCGGUGUGGGGCGCCCAGCUCUCUCUUGGUUUUGGCGCUGGCUGCAGGCACCGCCAGUCACCCCAUCGCACGCUGACAUCCUUCAGGUCUAUGCCAGUGCCCAAGGCAUGUCGUCCGGGGACCCCGCUCCUGGGAGCUGUGAGCAGGCAGACAUCCUGACAGCCUACGCAGCUGCCCAGGGUCAUGUAGCCUACCGGGACGAGAGCGGCUCGGACUUUAUCCAGACGCUGGUGGAAGUCAUCAGGGCGGAGCCCCAGGGAGAGCUCCUGGAACUGCUCACUGAGGUCAACCGGAGGGUGUGCGAGCUGGACGUGCUGGGCCCUGACAGCGACGAGCCCCGCAAGGCCUGCCUGGAGAUCCGCAGCUCGCUGCGCCGCGCGCUCCACCUGCGGCCCUGAGCGCCCGCUGCCCGCCCGCCCGCGCCUUCGCCGCCUCCCCGCCGCUUCCUCAGUGGCCCCAUCUGGAAGCGGGACCACCGCAGGGUUCAGCGGGCAGUAAACGGUGGUCGAUGGCCG